AUGGCUCUUCAGCAAAACCAGCAUGUCGAAGAUAAUAACGCCGCCGACGGAGCACAGUCGGUGCCAGCCUCAUCCAAGCUACGUCAUCUGAUCUUCAGAUGGGGCAUGCUGUCGCCACGAACCAUAUCAUGCAGUCACGGCGACUACACACAGUAUUUCCGCUUUUACAGGCAAACGCCAUCACCACAGGCGAAGGAGCAAGGUGCCCCGAGUGUCGACGAAAGAGAGAAGCUGCCGAUUCCUGAGGCGCGCAACUAUGGCACAAUCGAUGCACGCCAACGUGGGCUUAGCAAAAGCUGGACCGCAAAGUACUUUUCAUAUUACUCGUUCCCGCCGAUAGCAGAAGCAGAAGAUGGGAUUGAUCCACGCCACGACGGCAUGCGCGUGCGAUAUCGGCGACGAAGCAACAUCGUGCCGUCAGUGCGGGUGCUUCUGUGCCAUCUUGUUUCGAUGACGGUCUUAUUUGGAUUGAUGGCAUUGGUUGUGCUUUGCCGGACCAUGGCCAAAGGGGAUGGCGGAAUUAUCUGA